UUCUGCUCUCUCUUUCUCUCUCUUUCUCUCAGUAAACUUUCUGAGGAAGGUAGAUUUUUUCGUGAGGAUUUUUGUCUUCUUAAAAAAAAAAAUCAUGUUUUACAAACAGAAAGGUAACCUGAAAUACCCACGAUGAGCAUUUUUGGUGAGCCCCAACUACGGAGGAAAUCAGAAGCAUCUGGACAUGUGACAGUUGUGCCAUCAUUAGGAAGAGGAGCGCCAUGGAUGUUCUACGUCCCACCCUGAUAAGGAUUGGGGGAAGAAUUUACAGGAAGACUCUUGUUCAAGAACAGGCGUACCAACAUGAAGAGGAAGAGGACUUCUGUGCAGUAGGCCCUGGUGACUCUGCAGAUGAACCGUGUGAUGCCUUUGUGGUGGAAGAGACCGAGAAAGGCUUCCAGUGCAGAGUGGAGGUUCCCAGUACGCUUUGCAAGUACAUAAUUGGGAAGAAGGGAGAGACCAAGAAGAGACUAGAAACAGAGACUCGAACCUCAAUCAGCAUUCCCAGGCCUGGAGUGGAGGGAGAAAUUGUGAUUACAGGACAGCAGCGCAGUGGCGUCAUCUCAGCCCGGACGCGUAUUGAUGUUCUUCUUGAGAGCUUCCGGAAGAAGCAGCCCUUCACACACUUCUUGUCCCUUGCUCUCAACCAGCCUGUAAUCCAGGAGAAGUUCCUGCAGUUCAGGGAGGAAGUGUUGGAGAAAUGCUCAAAGGAUCAUGGGGUCAGUAGCAGUCUGUUCCAGAACCCUGCAAAGCUGCAUCUGACUCUCGGGACGUUGGUACUGCUGAAUGAACAAGAGAUCCAGAAAGCGUGUGACCUCCUGCAGAGAUGCAAAGAGGACUUUGUGCACCAGAUUGCUGGAGGCAAACCCCUGACUGUGGAGGUGGCAGGGGUGGAAUACAUGAAUGAUGAUCCUGCCAUGACAGAUGUCCUGUAUGCAAAAGUUCGCAUGAAGGAUGGCUCGGACCGAUUGCAGGUGAUAGCUGACAAACUGGUGGAACGAUUUGUGGCCUCCGGCCUGAUGCUGAAAGAAUGGGAUAGGGUGAAACUCCACGCUACUGUCAUGAACACUCUCUUCAGGAAAGAUCCAAGUGCUGAAGAGCAAAGCAGUACAGUGACUGGUAAAUCAUCUUUCAAGGAACGGGAAUCUUUUAAUGGCCGAAAUAUCCUCAAGCUCUUUGAAAACUUCUAUUUUGGAGAGGUGCAGCUGGAUUCCGUCCGUCUUUCCCAGAGGUUCUCCUCGGACGCCUCUGGCUACUACGCGACGUCUGGGCAGCUAACCUUUUCCUGAAGCGGGAGUGCGGCUGCCUCAGCGGAUCCGAUCUGUGCGCAGAGAUUCGUCAGUAAAAUACAUUUUUAUAGGACAGAGGUUUUGGCCAGGAACCCGGGAGCUCCAAAUGAGGAACCCAUGAGCUCCAAAUGAGGAUGCCUCGUUACUCUUCAAAAGUACAUUGCAGCCGAGAACAGGCUUUGCCCGUUCUCCGCGGUGUUUCCCUGCAGUUCUUCCUACAUGUGUUGCCUGCCUUGCUCUCGGAGAGAACUGGUGCUCUUCCUCCUCCUUUCCUCAUUGAUAACAGAGAUGUUUCAAGUUGCUUACUCAGGAAAAAAAAAACAGACGCUAGAAAAACUGGUGCACGUGGCUUUGGGGGCAUCGCCGAUGUUUGAAUGUGGCUUUAUUUCAGAAAGGGAAGUUUUUAUUCUUAAGCAUUUAUAAAUCCAGGAGAGCUCCCCAGAGCAAGAUUUAACAAUAUUAAGGUCAGGCUUUGCUUGCAUCUCCAGCAGUGUGCCUGUGUGAUGUUGAUCUCCAAAUAAAUUAAUUCCCUUCAAAAGCAAA